CUCGGUGAGUCUGUUGAAAAAUAACUUCAGUAUCAAAUGGCUGAGAAAAUAACUCUUGUUGAAAGUUCCCUGAACUGCCACAUGUGUUCAGAGACUUUCAGAGAUCCUGUGUCUCUGAGCUGCAACCACAGCUUCUGUUCAAGCUGCUUGCAGAAAUUCUGGGAACAAGCUGUAAACAAAAACUGCCCCAUUUGUAAAAGACAAUCAUCAAAGGAUGAUCUAGAAGUGAACUUUCCACUGAAGGACCUGGCUGACUCCUUUGCUGAGAGAAAGAAAGCUGGAUCAUCUGAGACAGCAAAAGGAGAGAAGAAGGUGGAGGCCUUGUGUGAAAAACAUCCAGACGUCCCUUAUUGGUUCUGUGAGGACGAGCAGAGAGCUGUGUGUCCUGUCUGUGAGUUUUCUCUCCACCAGAGUCACAAGGUGGUUCCUGUAGAACAAGCAGUCCGGGACCUGAAGGAGCAGCUGAAAUCUGACUUAGAGUCUCUGCAGGACAAGAGGGACAAAUACAAACAAGUGGAGGAAACAUACAAUGAAGUGAUUCAACAGUCCGAGAAGCAGCUGUUGUCCACAGAGAGGCAGAUCAGAGCAGAGUUCAACAAGCUCCACCAGUUCCUGAAAGAGGAAGAGGAGUCCAGACUGGCAGCUCUGAGGGAGGAAGAGGAGCAGAAGAGGAAGACUGUGAGCAGAGAGAUGAAGAAGAUUCAGGAGCAGAUGUCCUCUCUGUCAGACAGGAUCUCUGCUGUUGAAGAAGAGCUGCAGAAACCCAGCGUGCCAUUCCUCAGCAGUUAUAAAGCCACUCAGACCAGAGCCAGAGUCCAGCGCUCACUGUCAGAUCCACAGCUGCUCUCAGGAGCGCUGAUAGAUGUGGCCAAACACCUGGGCAACCUGUCCUUCAGAGUCUGGGAGAAGAUGAAGGACAAGGUCCACUUCAGUCCUGUCAUUCUGGACCCAAACACUGCUUACCCCCGUCUCAAUCUGUCUGAUGAUCUGACCAGUGUGAGACGUGGAGACACAAAGCAGCAGCUUCCUGACAAUCCAGAGAGAAACACUAAGUAUGCCCUUGUUCUGGGCUCUGAGGGCUUCAGCUCAGGGAAACACAGCUGGGAGGUGGAGGUGGGAGACCAUCCUGGCUGGACUGUAGGUUUGGCUAAAGAGUCAGUUGACAGGAAGGGAGAGACAUUUCCCUCACCAAAAUAUGGAUUCUGGUGUUUAAAGCAUCACAGUGGAAAAUACACUGAUGGAGUUGGUAAGACUGUCAGAGUGAAGAAGAGUCUCCAGAGGAUCAGAGUCCAGCUGGACUAUGACAGGGGGGAGGUGUCCUUCUACAACCCUGAAGACAUGACUCACAUCUGCACUCACAGAGACACUUUCACUGAGAAACUCUUCCCAUAUUUAUAUAUUGGUGCAGCUGGUGAUGCUGAAACCUCUGAUAUCAAAAUCUGUCACACUGAGAUUUCUCUGUGACGUUCAGGAAUGUAAGUUUAUUGUUCCAACUUUUACUUUCAGACUGUUUGAGGUUUAUUAAACUCUAAACUCAUCAUCACUCUUCACACCCAAACAUUCUUGAUCUGCUCGUCUUUUAUAUCUAAAGCAGAUUUCAUUUGGUGUUGAGGGUCAACAAAUUAAUUUUGCUGACUGUUUCUGUAGUUUGAAAGAUAAUUAAGACUUUACUCCGAUCUCAAUGUCUGUCUAGAUCACAUUAGAAAAAUCAGCAUGAAUAAAAGUUAAAGCAGAUUAAAAUGAUAUCUAAAUACUGAAAUUGUUUUAUAUCAUCCGGCCUUGAGCUUUCAUCCAGGUUCAAAUCAAUUCUCAUGUUCAGAUUCUAACAUGUUAGCCUGGUCAGCAGCAUCUGGUUUUUAAUCAGACCACAAUAUAACAUGUCAAGUAUCCACUAUACCAACACGUUGCUUCCUGUUGUGGGAUUCUUUAACUUUAAUCAUCAUCAAACAUCAGUUUUACUUUGAGAGAUUUCUGGAUCUUCUGUUCAGUUCAGGAUUCACUUUAGUUCAGUUCAGUCAAAAUGUAUUAAAGGUUGGAACUCCUGCUUUAGAUAUUCAUUUUACUUCUUCAUGGAGUUUGUGGCUUUUCAAAAAGAAAUAGUAGUAGUGUGUUAGUUGAGCUGCCUCUUAAAUAAAGUUUAAUCUCCAAGAAAAUGCUGAAACUGUAUGACGUCAUCAGGAGACAAAGUUCUCCUGGUUAUCAACAUCUGGAGUCAAACAACAUUGUACAGUAGUUUGUAUCCACUGUACCAAAUGCUGCGUUUCACUUUUCUCUUUUUAACAUCAUCAGUUAUAGUUUUUGAUGCUUUGAGUCUUUUGAGUUAUUUCAGGUUUGGAUCUGUUGUUUUAUUUCUUUUUAGAAAAAACUGUUCAAAUUGAUUUCAAUUUUAAUUUGGACCUUAAUUCUUACAGUGCUUCUUUAUACUGCAGUUUGUAGUGAGUACAUCAUCAGUAACAUGAUAAAUAAACAUGAUACGUGAUAAAUCUCCAGUUUAUGAUCAACAUAAAGAAAAUACCAGCAGUACAAUUUAGUUUAAUGUUUUUUUUAUUGCUUCAGCUAUUUCUUAAUAAAGUAAAUGUACAUCA